AGAAAAGAAGCAUAAACAUUAAGUGGCCGGGCAGGUUAAUUAGGCUUUGAGUAAAAGUGAUGGCGAUGAUGAAUGUUGAAAUAAUCUCCAAGGAAAUUAUUAAACCAUCAUCUCCAACACCCCAUGACCUUAGAAACACCAAACGUUCCUUCCUAGACCAACUUGCACCCACCUCUUCUAUUCCUAUCAUCCUUUUUUAUCAACCCAAGAAUGGCCAUCACGUUGAUGAUAAUCAAGUCCAAACAUCUUCUCGGCUUAAAAGGUCCCUCGAACAAACCCUCAACCGCUUCUACCCUUUUGCUGGAAGCAUCAAAGAAGAACACUCCAUCGACUGCAACGAUGAGGGGGUCGAGUAUUACGAAGCUCGAGUUGUCGGUAAGUUAUCACAAGUUCUUGAACACUACAACGCGGAAAUCUUAAACCAGUUUCUGCCAUUUGAUCCCUAUGAAAGCCAUGAAGUUCUCUUAGCUGUCCAAUAUAAUAUGUUUGACUGUGGCGGAGUAGCCAUUGGUGUGUGUGUUUCACACAGGAUCGCAGAUGGAGAUACAGCCACUACAUUUCUUCGCACUUGGAGCGCUACAUCUCGUGAAUAUCAUGUACUUGAAGCUAUCUGUCCAAAAUUUGAUGCGGCCACGUACUUCCCACCGAAAGAUAUAUUUUGGGGCUUGGGAGACAUGGGGGUCACAAAGGAAAACAUCGUAACAAGAAGAUUGGUGUUCGACAAAUCAAGCAUAGCAGCUUUGAAGGAAAAGGCUUCCUCAUCAGCUGGUUGUUCACAAGUGAGGUUCCCAACGCGUGUGGAGGUAGUUUCAGCGUUCAUAUGGAAAAGUCUAAUGGCGAUAUCCAAAUCAAAACCAGCACCAGCAAGAGUGCAUGCAGCAGUUCAUGCGGUGAACAUACGGCAGAGGAUGGUCCCACCCAUGCCAAUUCAUUCCUUUGGGAAUCUUUGGUACUUCGCUACAGCAAUAUUAUCACCACAUGAUGAGCUUGAUCGUGACAGUAAUUAUGGUAUUCUGGUGAGCAAGCUAAGCAAUGCAUUAAAAGAAAUCGACGGUGAUUACGUGAAGACACUACAGACCGAUGCGAUUCCGGAGUCGCUCACAAAUUCGGUGGAGCUGUUCUCAGAGGGUGACUUAGAGUUCUAUAAGUUUACAAGUUGGUGCAGGUUUCCUCUUUAUGAAGCUGAUUUUGGUUCGGGAGAGCCCACUUGGGUCUGCCGUCCCAGUAUGCCUUUCAAGAAUCUUGUGGUGUUGAUGAGUACAAAAGACGGACAUGGAAUUGAGGCAUUUGUUAACAUAUUAGAGGAAGACGCCGUCGUAUUUGAUAGUGAUGAAGAACUCCUUCCAUUUGUUUCUUGGACAAUUAAUUAAUAGCUGAGUAUGGGUGCAGGCCAAUUAAUUUCUUUCUGUUGCGACAUGAAUAUAUCAAUGUAUGUCUAAGUUAAUGUAAUUGGAUAUAUAUCCUUCAUUAUUCCCUUUGUUUAUAGUAUCUACAUAUAUCUUGGAGUUCGUUUACUUGAAUAAAGUUUAAUAUCCUUAUUGUGU